AUGUAUAGUAAUGGCCGAAGUGAACUCAUCUUAGGUGAAUUCUUGAAAGAAUAUAAGAUCCCAAGAGAAACUGUUGUAAUUUUGUCUAAAGUAUAUAACCCUGUUGAUGAUACCGUUCCUGCUUUUAGGCCAGGUGUUAACCCAUUUACUGAAGACGAGAAGCUUCACUUUGCUAAUCAAAAAGGUUUAUCUAGAAAACAUAUCAUAGAUGCAUGUAAAAAUUCUGUUCGAAGAUUAGGUACUUAUAUUGAUGUGUACCAAAUCCAUAGAGCAGAUCCAGAUACACCAAUAGAGGAGACAAUGAGGGCUUUGAAUGAUGUUGUACAAGAAGGAUUAACAAGAUACAUUGGUGCUUCCUCCAUGUUAGCAACUGAAUUUGCAGAAUAUCAAUUUAUUGCUGAGAAAAAUGGUUGGUCUAAGUUUGUUAACAUGCAAGAUUGUUACAACUUAUUAUACAGAGAAGAAGAAAGAGAAAUGAUUCCAUUUGUUAAGAAGCAUGGGAUUACUUUGACUCCUUGGUCUCCAUUACAAAGAGGUUUAUUAACCAGGCCAGUGAAUGUAAAAUCAACAAGAUUCAGACGGUACUUUAAUAAGCCGCGGUUUAAAUCAAUAUCAAGAUUUCGAGAUCGAAAUUAUUAA